ACGUGCGAGGACUGAUUCGAGAAUGAGUGAAGUUUUAAUUGAAUUUUAACUGGUUUUAGUUCUAAAAUAAUGUAAAAUUUUAGAGUGAAGAAGGAGUUUUAAAUAUUCUUUCAGUGCAUGUAUUUUAUUUUUCAAUUAUACGUAUCGGAACGACAGAAAACGGACUGUAAAAUUAGUGGACACAGUUUUCGCGUUGUACAGGUGAAUUAGUGUUUACCUGGGCCAUCAAAACGUUUGAUCAAGGGAUCUUAGUGUUUACAGAAGGAAUAUACAUUUGUGGAGAGUAGCUUCUGUUUUAUCGUCAGGUUAAGGAAUUAAAGAUGUGAUUUAAUCCAUCUGCAGGUUGGAUUAAAUGAAAUAAACAUGAAAAGUUGUACCAUUUAUACUUUUCUUUGAUGUUAGCCGCUGGUCAGGUGUGAAUAACACACCUUGGUGUAAGUGCGAAAAAAAAUGGAAAAUAUGCAAAAGGAAUGUGGAAUUCGGAAAAAGGGGCCCUCAAUAUCGAGAAAAAUAUAUUUACCAUGUGUUGUAUUACUGCUGCAGUUUUUCUUCAAAUUUGCUCAGGGGCAGGGACCUGGAGAUUUUCAGGUGUAUGAAAAUCGAGAACCAGGCACAGAAGUUGGAACAAUUCAGAUGGACUUGCCAUAUACAUACACAUUUAAUGAGGGUACAGAUGCCAAAGAUUAUUUCAAUUUAGAUGCUAAUACCGGUAGAAUUACAACUAAAGUAAUAAUUGAUAGAGAAUCAUUAAAUCUUCAAGAAAAUAAAUUUAGUUUUUUAAUUCUUGGUCAUAGUACAGAUGGUUCAAAUAGCAAUAUUCCCAUUGAAGUAACAAUAGAAGUAUUAGAUGAAAACGACAAUGGACCAGUUUUUCCAACUGAAUCUGCAACUGUUCAUUUUCGAGAAAAUGCAAAAAUGGGCACGCAAGGAUAUAUAACGACAGCAACUGAUGCUGAUGAUGGAAGAAAUUCAUUGGUCAAUCGCUACGAUAUAAUCAGUGGUAUUGGUCCUUUUAAAUUAGUAUUCAACCCAGACAUGUAUGGUGAUGUUUUAAUAAUUGAAACAACUGGGGAUCUAGAUAGAGAAAAGAAAAGUUCAUACAGUUUGACCAUACAAGCAAUGGACUCUGGCUCACCACAAAGAUCUGGCACAACUUUAAUCAACAUUAUCAUUGAUGAUGAAAAUGAUAACGCUCCAGUUUUUGAUCCAAGUGAACGUUUUGCGCAAGUGAAUGAAACUGACCAAAUUGGUACUUUCGUAAUACAACUGACUGCAUUAGAUCUUGAUAUUGGAGUAAAUCAGGAAAUUACCUACAAAAUUGCGGAGGAAAAUGAUGGUUCCUCCCAAUUUCGCAUUGAUAAUAGCACUGGGCAGAUCUUUACAGCUGUACAACCAUUGUCGUGCCCAAAAGGCCAGUGCAUUCUGAUCAUUGAGGCAAAAGACAAUGGAAAACCACCGUUCCCAGCCCGUGCAUUUGUCUACAUCACUGUUAUUGACACUAACAACCACAAUCCUGUCAUUAAAUUUAAAUAUGUUCCAUCAGGAAAUGAAUUUUCUAGUAUAAAUGAAGAUGCUAAUGAUGGCAUGAUUGUUGCAGGAGUAUCAGUAACGGAUGCUGAUGAUGGCGCCAACCCAACUGCUAAGAUUAUUUCGGGUAAUGAAUUGCGGCACUUCCGUUUCGAACAGUUUACCUCUGGGUUAUAUUUUGUAAAAGUCAACGGAGAUAGUGUAUUAGACAGAGAACGUCAUCAUAUAUAUAAUCUUACUGUAGAAGCUAGUGAUAACGGGAAUCCUCCAAGAAUGUCAAUAAAUUAUUUGAUAAUUUAUGUCAACGACAUCAACGACCAUGCACCAAUAUUCAAAAACAAAAAAGUUAAGUUGUCCAUAAGUGAAACAACCAAAGUUGGGACUUUUAUAGAAAGCAUGUUAGCAACAGAUUUGGACAGUGGAAUAAAUGCAAAACUUGCGUACAAAAUUGUAUCGGGUAAUUCUCCGGAGUGGUUUCAUAUCGACAAAGAUACUGGGCUUGUUACUACUCAAUCAAAAUUACAUUAUGAACAACAUAAUUACUUUCGCAUGAAUAUUUCUGUGCAUGAUGGGGCUCAACAACCAUUGAAAGACUUUGCAGAACUUGAAAUUUCAAUAUGGGAUGAAAAUGAUAUGGCGCCAGAAUUUUCACAAACUGUUUUUAAUGCUAGUCUUGAGGAAAAUCUUGCCAGAGUUUCACCUGUUGUUUUUGCCUCAGCUAUUGACAACGAUUCUGGACUGAAUGGUACCAUUGUGUAUGAAUUUCAUCCACAUGUUGACCUUAUGUACCCUAAAACGUUUCACAUCGAUUCAAACACAGGGGAAGUAACUACUAAAAAAAUACUAGAUAGAGAAGAAAUUCCAAACUAUAUAAUAGAAAUCAUUGCUAAAGAUAGAGGACAACCCCCACUCUCGUCUACUGCAACUGUAUACCUUAAAGUAUUGGAUGUAAAUGAUAAUUCACCAGUUUUUUAUCCGAAAACUUACUAUGCCAGCGUCAUUGAAGGUCAAGGUCGGGAUACUGAGGUUGUCGCGGUAACUGCUACUGACCUUGAUGAAGGUGAACAUGGAGAAAUCAGCUAUUCCUUCUCGAGUUCAAACUUUGGAAAGUUUGCAAUUGAUUCAAGAACUGGCAUGAUCCGCACCACUGAUGUCCUUCAAAAGAAUCUUCGUAGCAGUUAUCUUUUAAGUGUAGUGGCAAAUGAUAAAACUGGUCUAAGAUCUGAUGCAGCAAAUGUUCAAGUCUCAGUACAAUCCCCAACUGACUCCCAGCCCUACUUUACCAGUAACUCAUACAAGUUCAACAUGAUACCUGAAGACCAUGGAAACGCUUCGCCAACUUACAUUGGUGCCCAAGUUGGUAGAGUUACUGCAAAAGCAGAUUCUUCAGUAUCCGGUAUCACCUACAGUAUCGUUGAUGGAGACCCUACAAAUGUGUUUACGUUAGAAACUACAACAGGAUGGAUCAAAAGAAGCCAGGCUAUUGACAGAGAGAUGUUCCCAGUUUUCACCCUGGAAAUUGUUGCAACUGUAGGUGAAAAGUUUGCCAAGACUGAAGUAAUUAUAACUGUUAAGGACACAAACGAUAACGCACCAGUGUUUGAAUUUCCAUAUCGAGAUAUAGACAUUAUUGAAAAUUGGGCUGUAGGCCACUAUAUUGCAUUGAUUAGCGCUACAGAUGCAGACGAGGAAGGACCAAAUUCAGAUAUUUCAUACUCAUUGCAGAGGAACCAGAAUAACAUGUUUGCUAUACAGUCGGACACUGGUUUGCUUUUUCUGAAUAAGCCAGUAAAGUAUCUUGGUGCUGAUCAUGUGACCUUGCUUGUGCUUGCUAUGGAUGCUGGAAAUCCACCCUUCACUGCCAAUCAAGAAUUACGUCUUAAAGUCAAGGACGUUAACAAUCACACGCCAAAGUUCGCUCAUACCACAUACGAAAUGUCUCUGAUUGAAUCUCAUCCAGUUAAUAGCAGAUUUUUCCAUGUUAUUGCUGUGGACAAAGAUCUUGGGGAAAAUGGGGAAUUGACAUACAAUAUUACUCGGGGAAAUGAAGAUAAAAGGUUUGGCAUAUUUCCUGAUGGACAUCUUUAUAUCGCUAAAGAGUUAGACAGGGAAACUAAAGAUUUAUACAAACUUAGUGUUGUUGCACAUGAUCAUGGUAUACAGCAAAGAAGUUCAGAAUGCAAUAUUACUGUACAUAUCUCUGACUUUAAUGACAAUAAGCCUAUAUUUCUAAAUGCAACCUACAGCUUUUACAUUUUGGAGAACAAGAACAUUGGUUCCUUUGUCGGUCAUGUUAAAGCUUCAGAUGAUGAUAUGGGACGAAAUGCUGAACUUUAUUACUCUUUCAAAGACGAACAAACUAACUUUCAUAUUGACCCACAGAGUGGAGAAAUUACAUCUCUGAAAGUGUUUGACAGAGAAGAGCUUGCAAACAGUAGUUAUAUGAUUGUAUUUGAUGUAGUGGUAAAAGACAACGGGCUUGAUCGCUUGGAAGACGUAACAACAGUCCGGGUGACAGUUCAAGAUGAAAAUGACAACCCCCCAGUAUUUAGGCAACCAGUCUACAAAGUUACAAAGUUUGAAAACGAGGCAAGAUUUUCUAAUAUAACAGUUGUAAAGGCAGAUGAUGCUGAUGCAGGAAUUAAUAGCAUUGUAACAUACAGUAUCAUAGAUGGGAACAAAGACGGACAUUUUGUUAUCUCUCAAACAACAGGCCAGAUAACUCUUGAUAAACAGCUUGACAGAGAAACACUGGACUUUUAUGAGCUUACAAUUUUAGCGACUGAUUCCGGCGAUACUGUUAGGCAUAAUGCAACAUGUAAAGUUCAAAUCACUGUCAGUGACAUUAAUGAUAAUUUCCCACUGUUUGCACAGUCACAAAUGGAUAUAAGUGUCUUGGAGGAUGUAGAACCUGGAAGUGAAGUUGCCUACUUUCCAGCAACUGAUGUUGAUAUUGGAGUAAAUGCUGAAAUAACAUACCAGUUGUCUGGCAAAGAUAAUGACGGUAUGUUCGGAAUAGAUCGUCACACAGGAAGAGUUUACCUCUUGAAGAAACCUGACUUUGAGACAAAGCAAAGCUACAAGUUGAAUGUUACUGCUACAGAUAAGGGUGUACCAGCAUUGACCUACUACAUAAGGUUCAGUAUAACAAUUGAAGAUGUAAACGAUAAUGCUCCGGUAUUUCAAAAUUUGCCAUUGGUAUUCAUGAUUCUGGAAAAUUCCAGUGGCUCUGUUACACAGAUACAGGCAACAGAUUCUGAUUCUGGUAAAAACGCUGAAGUUCAGUAUCACAUAGCAUACCAAGAUCCACCAGGAGAAAAUUUCAAAAUAGUGAAAAAUUCUGGAGAAAUAUAUAUCGAUCAACAAAUUGAUCGUGAAGUUACAAGUUUCUAUAAACUAACUGUUGUUGCUACUGAUCAAGCCGAGGAUGUUUCUAAGCGGCUGAAGACUGAAACUGUUGUAACAAUUAACAUCGAAGACGUAAAUGAUAAUGAUCCAAUUGUGACCUCAUUUAAUGCGAUAGCGGUACCCGUUUCUACUCCAAGGAAUGAAUAUAUCACAACAAUAAAGGUCAAAGACAAAGACAGUGGAAAUAAUGGAAAGUUUUCAUUGCAACUUUCACAAAUGGGAACAAAUGCAUUCAGUUUAGACAGCAAUUCUGGUCGCCUUUUGCUAACAAACAGUUUACCUAACACACCAGUGAAGUACUCAGUCACGGUUCAAGCCAAUGAUUAUGGCACACCAAGUCAAAGAACAACUCAGGCAGCAAUUACUAUUAUUGUAACAAACAGCGACAACGGACCAGUUUUUGACUCCACUUCUUAUAGGGGAACAGUCGUGGAAAAUAGUGUUGUAGGCAAAAGUAUUUUACGCGUAAAAGCAACAUCACGGCAGAAUUCACCAGUGGAAUAUUAUGUGACCAAUAUAACCCAUUCGAAAACUGGAGAAGAGGUGGAAAGGCACUUUCGGGUGGAUAGAACAUCUGGAGUUUUAUCAACUGCGGAAGUACUUGACAGGGAAGUUGUUGGAGAUUCGUUCGAAGUGGAGAUCUAUGCGGUGGAGACUAGUGGAUCAUCGCCAAGGACAACUGUUACAGUUGCUCAUGUAGAAUUGCAAGAUAUAAAUGACACACCGCCAAGAUUUUCCCAGAACUACUACACAGUUGAUGUUGAUGAAAAUGUACAGACCGACUUUAUUGUGACCAGGGUAGCUGUUUACGAUGACGAUUCCCUUGGCGGUCUACAGUUGACAUUAAAUGUUGGCUCAGACAUAAAUCUAAAAAUAAACCAAGACGGAACCAUUGUUACUACUGGUCCUCUGGACAGAGAGGUAACCCCACAGUACACCCUUAGAGUCACGGCAACUGACGGAAUACAGUCGUCAUCAUGUAUGGUGCGAAUAAACUUGAGAGACGUCAAUGACAAUGCUCCGAAAUUUACCAAGUCCUUCUACUCAUUUGACAUUUUUGAAGACACGUUAAUUGAUACGACAGUGGGCAGUAUUAGGGCUUACGAUCCAGAUGCAGCCUCUAAUGGUCAGGUGGCAUACUCCCUGACUUCUGGGUGGGGCAACGAUACAUUUAGUCUGGAUGCUGAGAAAGGGACUUUCACGCUGCUCAGAUUGUUGGAUUUUGAAGAGAACCAGUUGUACACAGUGCAGGUGAAUGCCUAUGACUUCGGCAAUCCGGCUAAGACCAGCUCCGUGCUUGUUUACUUCAAUGUCAAGGACACAAAUGACAACACACCGGUGUUUGAGCAGGGAAUAUACGACGUGGCCAUCUCGGAGAAUGUCACCGUGGAAACGAGUGUGGUCCAGGUUCAAGCCCCAGAUGUUGAUACAGGGCUCAAUGGUGAGGUAUCCUAUGACAUCAUUGAUGGGGAUAUCGAAGGUCAAUUCAGGAUUGAUUCCAAAACUGGCAUCAUCUACACAACAGCAUUGCUGGACAGGGAGACAACUCCAUCAUACAGCUUGGUUGUUAUGGCAACAGAUAUGGCUGAGACUGUGUCCGAAAGAAGGACAGCAACAGCAGAGGUUCUUUUGACUCUUCUUGAUGUAAAUGAUUAUUCUCCGGAAAUCACAAGUUCAGCCAUCAUUCAUGUUCGCGAGAACACGCCUCUCAAUACAGCUGUACACAACUUCACUGUGCGUGACCUUGAUGAAGGACCAAAUGGUCAGGUGGAAUUCAGUGUUGUAUCAAAAUCUGGUGGAAAACCUUUCACGGUAGGCAAAAAUGACGGGCAAUUGCGUGUCAACACUGAUCUUGAUCGAGAAGCCGUCCAAAAUUAUACUGUCACUGUAACAGUCCGAGAUCUAGGGUUACCUUCCCUGUCUGCAACACAAAAUCUUGUCAUUAAGAUAGCGGAUGAGAAUGACCACAGUCCAGUAUUUAGUCCAGAAUUUUACGACAAAGAAGUCCGAGAAGAUGUUGAUAUUGGCACUACACUUCUGCAGGUGUCUGCGACAGAUAUCGAUAUUGGGUUAAAUGGAAUAGUGAAAUUUUUCAUAAUUUCAGGAGAUGAUAAUUCAGAUUUCAGUUUAGAUCAAAGCAGUGGAGUUAUACGUGUUCAGAAAAGUUUGGAUUAUGAGCGUGUCACAAAAUAUAAUUUAAUAAUUCAAGCAGAAGAUAGUGGCGAGGAUAUGCGUUACUCUACGGCCACUGUAUCCAUAACCGUCUUGGAUGUUAAUGAUAAUAUUCCGAUGUUUUUGGAUUCACCAUAUAUCGGAUUAGUGCGUGAAAAUAUGGAAUCACUGCCAGUACACGUACUUAACGUACUGGCUCAUGAUGAAGAUUCCCCACCAUUUAACCAACUCAGCUAUGCCAUUAGGGAAGGCGAUCGUAAUUUGUUCAAUAUGAGCUCGACAACGGGUGAAAUCAUGGUACUACAGAAGCUUGAUAGAGAGGUGACCUCCCAGUAUACCCUGACGGUCAUUGCCACAGAUUCAGCCACUGGACGAGGACUUACAGGGUCCGGCACAGUUUCUGUGUUUGUGGAAGAUGUCAACGACAACCCGCCAGUGUUUGACCAUGUUGGCAGCUAUAUCGCCCAUGUCUCGGAGAAUGCCGAUGUUGAUACAGACGUUACUGUUGUCAAGGCAACCGAUGCUGAUGAAGGAAGCAAUGCGCAAAUCAUAUAUAGACUAACAGACAGCAUAGACAAUAAGUUCAUCAUCUACCCUAAUACUGGUCGCAUAGCAACCAGAGUGAGGCUGGACAGAGAAGAGGUCAGACAGUACACUCUUGAGGUCAUCGCCAUGGAUACAAGUCUUCUGCCAUUGUCAGCAACCGCAACCGUCAGUGUCUACAUAGAUGACGUCAAUGAUAACCCACCACGGUUCAACAGUCAGAGUUACACGAGAAAUCUACAGCUUCCAGCUAAUACAGGCACAUUUGUUAUUGGAGUGAGUGCAACCGACCUUGACAGUGGAGACAACAGACUUGUGGAAUACAGUAUUAGCCAGCCAGAUGCUGCUUUCUUUAGAAUUAAUGCCAAAACUGGCGUGGUAACCACAAAACAGUCGCUCACUUCUGGAAGAAGUUACACCCUCCAAGUUACAGCCAGAGAUAAGGGAAGUCCAGUCCUGUCUUCUACAGUUCCUUUGACAGUUACAGUAUCGGCAAGUUCUGGUCUUACUCCCCCGACCUUCGGUUCCAUUCCUACCAACCUCAAGGUCGUUGAGAACCUGGUACUUGAUCGCGUCAUAACUACGGUAACUGCUACCUCUGCAAACAAUGCUCCCAUUGUAUACAGCAUUGCCGGUGGAAAUUUAGGUGACGCUUUCGGAAUUGAAAGGAGUUCAGGCAGAGUCAAGGUUACUGGUCAGAUAGAUUAUGAAGUAAUUCAGCAAUAUCAUCUAUGGGUCAAGGCAGCUGAAAGUGGGUCAGCAGAAAUAGCGAGUUACGCUGAGGUUGUCAUUGGAGUGGAAGAUGUCAAUGAUAAUGUACCAAGAUUCACUAAACCAUUAUACAAUGUGUCAAUUUUAGAAGACGAAAUGUUUAAUUCACCAGUUGUCAAAGUAAAGGCAUAUGAUGCAGAUUCCGGUAAAAAUGGUGAGGUUUUCUAUUCGCUUUCGGGUACAGAUAGUUUAAAGUUCAGAAUCGACAGCAAAACUGGCCAGAUCAAAACAUAUACAACCCUGGACAGGGAACAGAAGGACACGUACAGUCUGACAGUCACAGCUUCAGAUUCUGGAAGCCAAAACGAAAGAAAGAAUUCAACAGCGUCUGUGAGGAUAACAGUUCUUGAUGUUAAUGAUGAGUCCCCUGCUUUCACUCGUCAGUUCCGUGUAAAAAUUCCAGAAAACAUUGAGGUCGGAAGUUUUGUGUUGCGUGUGACCUCAUCUGAUAAGGAUAUAGGGCAGAAUGCUAUUGCAACAUAUUCCCUCACAGACGAUGCUGGUGGCAUAUUUUCUAUCGAAAGUGUGAGCGGGAAUAUUACUCUUCAAAUGCCACUUGACGCGGAGCAGACGUCAAGUUACAGGUUACGAGUGUCAGCCACUGACGGCGCUCACGCUGUUGAAGGAAAUGUAGAAAUUGAUGUUAAUGAUGUAAAUGAUAACAGUCCUGUCCUUACACAGCCGUUUAGUUUCGACUUCGAGGAAAUGCUGCAGCCUGGCUCGUUGGUAGGUGUACUAAGUGCUACAGAUGCUGAUAUCAGCGCACCAAAUAAUCAGGUCUACUUUUCUCUCAAGCUGGCUUCCAGCUAUUUUGAUCUCGAUAGUGACACUGGAAUCAUUACCUCCCUUGAAGAAUUGACCUUUGAUCCAGCUUUUGAGUCCAAUUCAUUGCCAAAUCGGCAUGAGCUGGUGGUACUGGUGAAAGACCUUGGAACCCCAGUUCGAUCUUCAGAACAGACGGUGUAUGUGAAUAUUGUGGACUACAACGACCAUCCUCCAGUGUUCGAACACAUGAAGUACGAGAGCGCUGUACCAGAAACCACCCAGAUAGGCAACAGUAUCAUCACCGUACAUGCAAUUGAUGAUAGUGACUAUGGUGACAAUGCUAGAGUGGAGUACUUCUCUGCUGGUGGUAAUGGAUCUGCUUUCUUCACUGUGGACAAAUUCUCAGGAAUUGUGUCGGUAACAAGUGAUCUGAUUGGUAAUUCAAACAAAGAAUAUAUUCUGGUAGUCAAAGCUGAAGACAAAGGAAAUACCCCACUCUCGUCCACUGUCAAUGUACGACUUGUUGUGACUGACGAAAAUCGCUAUGCUCCUGCAUUCGUGGCGCCUGCGACGAAAGAGAUCACUGUCAAUGAAAAUAAAGGCAUCGGUUCUUUGAUUGAGACAUUUAAAGCCACUGAUAAUGACAGGAGUUUGAACGCUGAGGUCAUUUAUGAAAUCACAGGUGGAGACGAUGAUGACGUGUUUAAUUUGGACAGAAAUAAUGGUAAAUUAUCUGUGAAAGGUACACUAGAUUAUGAAUUUGUGAAAAAAUACACGCUACAAAUCACAGCCAAAGAUAGAGCGCUUAUUCCUAGACAAACAACCAUGUUUUAUACAGUGAAACUUAGGGACUUGAAUGACAAUGAUCCAAUCUUUGGACAGGCAAUAGAUACUGUAUUUGUGGAGGAAAAUUCACCUUUAGGUACACCAGUUUACCAUGCAGUAGCAGUUGACAUAGAUUCUGGGGACAAUGCUGUUAUUCGUUACGCCAUUGUUGGGGAAGGCGAUCCAGGAAAGAAGUUUGAAAUGAAUGAAAUAACUGGAAUUGUUACUUCCAGAGGGUCUUUGGACUAUGAAACAAAGAAUGUGUACACAAUUACCAUCAUGGCCUUAAAUCCAGACUCCUCUCGCAAGAGUACCAUGUCUUUGACCAUAUAUAUUGACGGCGUUAAUGAAUUUGUACCACAGUUUGUGAAAGAUGCUUACUACUUUAGCAUCAGUGAGUCAGCUGAAACUAAAACGUCAGUUGGUCAAGUCUCGGCGACUGAUAAGGACUCUGGACCAGAUGGAAAUGUUAAUUAUUUCUUGAUUGGUGACAGUAAUGCAAAAGGUUUUAAAAUUGACCCAAGAACCGGAGUUAUUCUUGUGUCCGGUCAGCCGGAUUAUGAAUCUUCACCAAGUAUCACGCUAGAAGUUUUGGCAAAGAACUGGGGAAGUGUAAAAGGGAAUGAUACAGAUACGUGCACAGUCCACAUCUCUGUGCAAGACGCAAAUGAUCCACCUAGAUUCAAACAGGAUGUUUACCAUGCAAACAUUCUGGAGAAUUCUGGUGCAGAUACUAAAGUAACCACGGUAAUUGCCGAGGAUUAUGACUUUGAAUCUUCCGACAGGGUCUUUUCAUACACAAUUCUUGCAGGGAACUCGCAGUCAUUGUUUAAGAUUAACAGAAAUACAGGUUACAUUUCUACGACAGGCAGAGGAAUCCUGGACCGAGAGACGGUACCAGUGUACAAUAUCACUGUGGGAGCUAUAGACACUGGUUCUCCACCAGAAACUGGUUCUGCAAUAGUGCUUAUCUACCUUGAUGAUGUCAACGACAAUGGGCCAGAGUUUAAGAACUUCACAGCUACUGUCACUGAAGGUCAAGUGGUAUCCACCUUAGUUACGACCUUGACCCAGUUUACCACUGACCCUGAUGAUGUCAGAAACCAAGGACCAUAUACGUAUGAGAAGUUGAGCGGAAGCCUUGUUGAAUAUGAGUACUUCGAUAUCAAGAGUAAUGGGGAAGUCAGGACUAAGAAGGUUCUUGAUCGGGAAUCAAAGCCAGAAUUUAUGGUUUCUGUUGUUGUAAAAGAUGGUGGAUCUCCAACCCAGUCUUCAACAUUAUCAUUCCGAGUACUGGUAACUGAUAUAAAUGAUACGCCACCGUCACCGCGUUUACUUACUAUUUUUGUUUCUUUGUACAAUGGCAGACGACGAGAAGGGCCAAUUGCUGAUGUUCGUCCGGUAGAUCCAGAUCUUGACGGUAAACCAAGGUGCACAUUACGCAGCACUGGCACCCCGUUCAGUAUUCCAUCGGGAAGCUGCUCUUUACUAUUGAAUGAAAAUCCAACAUUGCCCUCGUACACCUUAGAAGUCCAGGCAGUCGACAGCACAUUUGAUCCAAUCACAUAUGAUGUUUCAGUUAAAGUCAUCAAUUUUGAUAACGAUACUCUAGAGCAUUCAACAAUAGUUCAGGUUGCUGGAAUAGAUGCAGACGAGUUCAUGAGCAAAGUGUACACCACUUUUGUUUCUUCUGUGAAGAGCCUGUUUGACACCCAAGAUAAAGUUUUGAUUUAUUCUUUGAUUGACCAUUCAGGAGAUGUGUUAGCUUACCUUGCAGCGAAAAAAGCAGGAAGUGAUGAAUAUUAUCUUUCGGACAGUUUGCAACAAAAAUUACUUCAAGAAAAAAGUAGCAUUGAGUCUGCAUCUAAUAUAUUUAUGAUAAAGGUGGAUUACUCAGAGUGUGUUGGUACUCAGUGUAAAAAUGGCGGGAAAUGUGCAAAUCACAUGACAGUCAGCUCAAACAGUCAGAAUGCAGAUUCGCUUAAUCAAGCAUUUUCGAGUCCAUCAAUGGAUUUGGUCUCCUAUUGUUCUUGUCCAGCAGAAUUCACAGGUCCUGAUUGUAGCCAGGACGCUAAACCCUGCGGUAAUACAUUUUGCCAAAACGGUGGAGUUUGUAAAAACCAGAAGUGUGUUUGUCCACCAGAAUGGUCCGGAACAAACUGCGGAGUUGAUGUGAAUGAGUGCCUGCAAAAUGUUUGCCAAAAUGGAGGUUCAUGUGAAAACUUAGCAGGCUCAUUUAAUUGCAAGUGUGCAGAAGGAUUUUCGGGCGAGACAUGUCAGAACGGCAACAAUUAUUGCAAAAAUGAGCCAUGUGUGAGAGGUCAAUGCAAAAACGAGGUAGACAAGUACAAAUGUGAAUGUCCAUACAGCUAUUGGGGAGAUGUGUGCGAUAAAUCUAGUACUGGUUUUAGCGAUAUCUCAUACAUGGUAUUUCCGUCAGUAUCUGAGAUGAAUAAUGAGAUAGAGGUAAUUUUUGCAACGGAGAAGGAGCGAGCACUACUACUGUACAAUCCGUCCUCCAUUCCGGGCUCAAAAGCGUUCAUUGCGCUGGAAAUACUCAAUGGCCGAAUUCGUUUCUCUGUGGCUUUUGGAGCUGAGGAUGUUACAAGAGUGAACAUUGAUAAAAAAGUCAACACUGGGUCAUGGUUCAAGGUCAGGGUCAACAGAAAUAGAGAUAUGUCGAAAGUGUGGGUUGAAGAAUGCCCGGCAGAUGGAGGACCCUGUGAAGAAUGUCAGAUAGGCGCUCCCUGUUAUAAUCAGGUGCAGACGGCAAAUAACGACCGACUAGAACUUGGAUCUCAUCCAUUAUUCAUCGGAGGAGUGAAGUCUUUAGACACCAUCUUGAAUAGAACAGGUCAGGUAGCGUCACAUGACUUUGUGGGCUGUAUCAGAAGUUUCUUCAUAAAUGGACAGGAUAAACUCAGAACAUCUCCAAAUGAGAAAGCUGGAAUCCUUGACCACUGUCCAAGAAAUAGCAGUGAUAACGUCUGUGAGAAUUAUGACUGUGAAAAUGGCGGAACUUGUGUACCUGAAUGGGCCGGACCUGUGUGUCACUGUACUGCCAAAUUUAGUGGACCCCAUUGUGAACAAGCUUUAAAACCAUUCCAAUUUGGUCCCAACUCGCUUGUGAAGAUCACAAUGAAGGAGAGCGUCAGACGUGAUGCCCAGCUGGAAGCUGCAUCAAACACGAGGCGACGUAGAGCGACGGCAGAUUCUAGUGUACUUGUACGAUUCAGUACAACUGCCAAAUAUGGUGUGCUGCUGUUUGCAUCAACACUGGAGGGAAGCCUCUGUGUUCUUUCUGUCUUUGACGGACAACUCAAGUUUACAGUGAAACAGUAUGGUGCUUCCAAGUCAGUAGUUGUUACCUCCCCUGGUGUGUCAGAUGGUAAAUGGCACAAUGCCACUGUUACAAUAACAGCAUCUGAUGUCAGCCUGAGACUGGAUGGUGGACAGCCCAAUAAGUCUGUCAUCAGCACAUCCAAAUUUAGCUCGGUAGAUGUCAAAGAAUUGACACUAGGUGGUGUCUCUUCUCCUGUUAGUUCGAUCACUGUGGACAAUUAUAGUCUUGAAAACUUCUCUGGAUGUAUCUCCGUGUUUGAACUGGAUGGAGAAGAGUUACCAAUGAAUGGAACAACGGGGAAAUACAGCAUACAGCCGAUCGGAGGCGUGUCCAAUGGUUGUACCAGUUUGUGUGAAAAUAACGCAUGUGGUGGAAAGGGUUGUACAGUUCAGGGAGAAGGCGUUGUUUGUGAGAGUUUGAAAGAUGAACCAGCUCUUAGCAUUGGAAUUAUCAUAAUGAUUGUGUUCUUUGUCAUUUUAUUGAUAGUUAUCGUUAUACUGUUUAUUGUGUUCCGUCAAAGACGUAAAUUGUGCUUAAAAGCUAAGCAACAGAAACAAAAUGGAACACAUUUUGCUCCCAGUGCAAACAGUAGUGGACAGAGUAAUGCAGAUUCAGGGUAUGGAGAGAAUAAUAUUGAUAAGUUAAUAAUUAGAAAUCAUAUUGAUCAAGAAUUAGCGCGAAGCAAUUACCAGAGACAAAAUGGUCACUUUAUGAAACCAGAUAUUAUAAACUCAGACAUUGGACGGUCGCCGAUGCCUCUUGAAAUGGAGGAUGGAACUGUGAUAAUUGAUAACGCGAGUGAUUUGACUCAUUUACGUGAUUUAAAUGGUGAAAUGCCGGAGCAUUAUGAUUUGGAAAAUGCUAGUAGUAUAGCCCCGUCAGAUAUAGAUGUAGUAGACCAUUAUAGACAUUUUCACGAUGGCGGGAAAAACAGACGUAAAAAUAAAGCGCAAUCUGAUCAUUCCCAUAAUUCCAAACAUUCUUCCAGACAUUACCAGAGUAACCAUGGAAGUCAUCAUUCGCAAGGAGUGAGAGACAGUCCUAACUUAUUAACUAGUGUUCCAUAUUUGAACGAUCUUGCCAGGAGUAGCCCCUCCAAUACAAGGAACAGUCCUAUAAAUCAACUGUCACGACAAAGUCCAAAUGUGCGACAAAGUCCACUUACGCAUGUAAACAUGCAUGGGCAUAAUAUGCCUGUCACAGAUCUGAAUGGAGGCAGUCGGACAACGUCCGAGCGUAGUCUUGCCAGUCACAGGAGCAAGCAGUCUAGCUCAACUCCAAAUAAACCAAAAAGACAAAUGUUACCAAAUGGUAAUCCACCAAAUUCUAAGAAACCUUUAAAUCAUAAUUACGAAAACAGUAAAUUUUUAACUUUAGAGGAAGUAGAUAGAUUAAAUGCAAGGACUCGAGAAAGUCCAGCAAGUUUAAUGGAAGCGUUUUCAACGUCGAGUGAAAAUAAUACACGAAAAAUGCAAAAACCUUUUGAGCGUUACCAAGAUACAAAUAUGCUAUUGGAACCUCCGGAAUCUAGUUCAGAUGACAGUGCCAAUGAUUCUUUUACGUGUUCAGAAUUCGAGUACGAAAGUGAGAAACCAAGAAAUGAUUUUGAUCCAAAUAGCAGGAUAUUCUCAAACCUAACAGAGGUAGAAAAUGAAAAUGAGGACGGUGCAUAUCUGAAUAAGAAUUUCAAAACAGACGGUCUAGAUUCAGGUGGGAAUUCAUUUUCCAGCAACGAACGUUCUUCAGACGAUAAUCAGGGACAAUCAAAAAUACCAAACAAUGCAUUUAAUUGGGAUGAUUUGUUGAACUGGGGACCCAAGUUUGAAAAACUUGUGGGCGUGUUCACAGAUAUAGCUCUGUUGCCAGAUGCAGACAGUGUGGAUUUUGUGGAUGUUGAAGGAAAAUCCACGGAACGUGAAGAGUAUGUGUGAGAAUUGUUAGGCAGAAAUUUCAUGUUUGGUUUUUUCCAAAGCGUUUCUUAUGAUAAUAAUACUCACUAGAAAGAUUUUAUAUUUUGGAUCUUUAUAUUUUGGUAAUUUGUAAGUCCUAGACAUUGUAAAAUUGUUAUUUAAAGAGAUGAAUUAUAUCUUUCCCCAGAUGUAAUUUUAUGUAAGAAAUAUUGCAAGUUUCAGUGUCAGAAACUGUUUAAGUUAAAGUGUAUGUUCAGGUAUUAGUGUACGUUAAAUAAAAUUAAGAAAUUUUUUUCUUCUCGAAGUAUGUUUAAAUAGAGAUGUUAAAUUGAAUUUUUUAGACAAUUCAUAUUUGGAUAUUAGUAUAAAACAUUUCAUAGGUCAGAUACUUCUAAAUUGUGUUUAAUUUUUGGAGUAUGUAUAAAUUUUUGGAGAUGUUUAGGAAGUUGUUAAUGUUUCUGAUAAAAUGUUAUUUUAUGGAAAACAAUUUUUUUCUCUCUAUUAUCCUGAACAGUACUUGAAGCAUGUGUGAUAACCUCAGGAAUUCCUUACAUGCAAUUAGCCAUAAUAUCAAACUCUUUCUGUAGCCUUCAAGUAUUUUCCUUAACCAAAAGUUGCCAUACUUCAUUUAAGUGUGGUCUUUAGGUGUACACAUGCACCAUUGAAUGAAUAAGUUUUCAUCUUCAUUUUAUACUCAAGAAACAUCUGAACAUCUUCAGUUGUAUAUCUUUUGCUAGUCUUAGACAUUUGUUAUGGUCGGUUACAUACCGUGGUAGGGCCUAUAUAGGACUCCCAUAUUUCGCGACACAAAAUGGGACUUGUUAUAAGCCAUCCUGAAAGAAACAACUUAUAUAUUAAAAAAAGUCAUGAUGUGUCUCUUAAGUGAUCUACUUUGUAUUCUGCAGUAAAUUGAUAGAGACAGAGUAAUAGUUACUGUGCAUUUAUCUUUUUCAAUUUGAGUAGCGACGCCAUAAUUUUGUAAGAAAAUGGUAAUAGUUUUUAUGAAAAUUAUAAUGGUCAUAUUAAUAAUAUUAAGAGUUUUAGAAUUUAGUAAAAGGUUCUCUGGUAAAAAAAAUGCUUAGAGGAAUUUACUUGAAGGCAUACAGUUCUGUCUCUCUUUAUGCAAAAUAAAUAUAUUUGUGCAAAUUGUAAAUAAUUUUAUUUAAAAAUUUUGUAAAAUAUUUACCAGUAUUGUAAAUAGAUUUUAUACUGUCCUUGUUGCAUGAGUUUUAUAAAUUUUACCAGUUUUACAUAUUAUUGAUGAUUUAAAGUUUUUGAAAUGAUAAGAUUCAUUACAAUUGAGACUUAUUACAGUUCUCCUUAUUUUCAUUAGUUAUUUUAUACAUUUUAAUUUGAAUAUUGUUUGUGUUAAUGGAUAGAUAUUUUAAAGCUAGCCCUCAUUGUUGGUUCUGUAUUUGCAUAGAUAUGUAGAAAAUAUGCUUUUUUAUUUUGGAGCAAGAAUGCUGUAUUUUCAGAAAAAGAAAAUAUGGUUACAGCAAUUUUUGUCUCGAACCUGUCAAGUCAUAGGUUGUGAAAAAUUUAUGGAUUUAAGAAACAGCAACAUGCAAUAUAUUAUACCUCAUCUGAUAAACAGCUUUAGAGUUUUAAAAAUAUGCAGGGUGGAAAUAGAAUGAGAGUUGACUGAACAGAAAGACAUACAGCAUAAGUGAUUAACUUAGCGAAAUGGAAAUGUUUGCAUUUUUCAGAACGAAAAAUAAUCACAAAAUUAAAGUCGUGUAUAAGUUUGUGCCAAACGCUUCAGUGAAUUACAAUCAUUGGCAUGUUAACUAUUUACUGUAAAAUAAAACUGAUUUAGGAGUUUCGCAAAGUUUUUGUGACGCAAAAGUAUUUCACUUAUACGGUACUUGUACAAGCUUUACAAGCUUUUUAUCUAAUAGAUCACCUUUGUAUUAAACAAAACAUAGGUGCAUGACUAUGCAAAUGGUGCUCAUUUCAUUUUAUUUCUGAUUUUAUUAUUAUUAUAAUUGCUUUUUUUUUUCAUUCCAUGCUUUUAUUAAAAAAAUGUUACAGUUUAUUAGACUAAAAUGUAUCGAUACAUUGUUUGCAUUAAACCCAUUACAGUAUUAUAUUAAUGCAUGCAUUUUCUUCUCAGUGAGAGAAUGGUUCGAUAGUUAAUGUAUGUCAUAGUGACGUUAAAUUACAAUCAGAAGAAAGCAAUACAUGCAAGUUGACCGCAAAACUGUCAUGACUUAAGGUAGCAGACCUGUGAUAAAUAUCUGUAUGCAAAUUUUUCUUUCUUUGCUAUUUUGGAAGCAUUGCAAUUACAUAAUAUCUGUAUGCGAUUUUGUCUUUCUAGGCAGGUACGGAAGCUGCAAUUUCAUAUCAGUUAUAUCUAUGACAGAAGACUGCUGAAAUGAUAUACGCAAAUACCUGAUCGCACGAAAAGUGACGAUUGUCAUUUAUGUUGGUCCGCUACCUUAAACGAAAUAUCAAAGUUAUGACAGUAUUGUGUUCAGCCAGCAAAAUACGUUUUUACAUUCCAUUCAAUAUUUUUUCGUACAGAGUAUGUUGUAUGCAACACAAUAUUAUAUGAAUUUUUGUCGUGAAUACCUAUGAAUCAGUUUGUAGAAUUGAAACGAAUUUCAUUUCUAGUAGAACUACUUAAUAAUAAUUGUAUUAAUGUCACAAAUGAAAUUUCGAAUCACAUGCUAAAAGUGUUUCAGUUUGUCAUUAAUUAUGUAUAUGAUAUGUAGAAACUUAAAAUGAGGUUUUAGAAUUUAAUUUUAUUCAGAGGGUUGAAUAUUAAAGAAAAUACCUGUUUUAAAGCAAUGGAAUAUUAUGUGAACUUAUACUGUGUCUUUGAAGCAUGAAUUUUUUGCAGAAAGAGCAAAAUAAUAUGAAAACCAAUAAUUGGUUUCGAAGGAAAAAAUCUCCAUUGAUCAAAAUGUUCUGGCAAAAAGAUAUGAAAAAAAAUGAACCCCAAUUACAUAAUUAAUAUGAAAAUUUGAUAAAAAUUGAAGUCCCUUAAACAUGAUGUAGAUCUACUGUUUUCAUUACUUUUAGAUCUGAUUUUACAAUUUAAUGAAAUGUGCAGUCACUACCAACACAUCUUUGUCCAGGGUGUUUUUUACACAGAUCUGAUUAUUAUUAUUAUUAUUAUUAUUUGAAAUAUGCAUUUUGUUGUAAUAUGACAUUUUAUUUUCAUGAAAAAAGAUUAAAAAAUAAAAUAAUGAAAUAUA